AUGUUGAAGUGUCUUAGUCGUAACCUGCAAAGGCAGCCUGUCAUCAGGCAAAGAAGUGCUCCCGCGGCUGUGUUGCUGCGUGCUUACGCCAUUGACACCAACUCUCAAGCGUUAGUUUCGAAGCCUGUACAGGAGAUUGACCCUGAGAUGGCACAAAUCUUGGAAGGAGAGAAACAACGUCAGAAGCACUCAAUUACUUUAAUUCCUUCCGAAAAUUUUACCUCCAAGGCUGUCAUGGAUUUGUUGGGAUCAGAGAUGCAAAAUAAGUACUCCGAGGGAUACCCAGGCGAACGUUACUAUGGUGGUAACGAAUGGAUAGACAAGGCAGAAAGUCUUUGCCAGAAACGUGCCUUGGAGGCAUUUGAGUUAGACCCUGCUCAAUGGGGUGUCAAUGUUCAACCAUUAUCUGGGGCUCCAGCUAAUUUGUAUGCUUACUCAGCCGUUCUAGAAGUUGGAGACCGUUUAAUGGGAUUGGAUCUGCCUCAUGGUGGUCAUUUGUCCCAUGGUUACCAAACAAACGCUACCAAGAUCUCUUAUAUUUCCAAGUACUUUCAGACCAUGCCUUACAGAUUGGAUGAAAAUACGGGAUUAAUCGACUAUGAUGCCUUAGAAACCAGUGCAGUUUUGUUCCGUCCUAAAGUUAUAGUAGCUGGUGCUUCCGCUUAUGCUCGUACUAUUGAUUACAAACGUAUGCGAGAAAUCGCUGACAAAGUCGGUGCCUAUUUGUUAUCUGAUAUGGCUCAUAUUUCAGGAUUGGUAUCUGCAAAAGUUACGGAAUCCCCAUUCCCUUACUCCGACAUUGUCACUACCACCACUCACAAGUCCCUACGUGGACCUAGGGGUGCCAUGAUUUUCUUCCGAAAGGGUAUACGGAAGGUGACCAAGAAGGGCAAGGAGAUUCCAUAUGAGCUUGAGCGUAAGAUCAAUUUCUCUGUGUUUCCAGCUCAUCAGGGAGGACCACACAACCACACCAUCUCUGCUCUUGCUGUGGCUCUGAAACAGACCCAAACUCCAGAAUUUGUUUCCUACCAACAAGCUGUGGUGGACAACUCUAAGUCAUUUGCUGAAUCGUUCAUAAAGAGAGGAUUUCAGUUGGUGUCUGGAGGAACGGACACUCAUUUGAUCUUGGUUGAUCUACGAAACAAGAAGAUUGACGGUGCACGUGUUGAGAAUGUCUUGGAGAAGAUCAACAUUGCUGCCAACAAGAACACUGUACCAGGCGAUGUUUCGGCUUUAUUUCCUUCGGGAUUAAGAGUUGGAACUCCUGCAAUGACAACCAGAGGAUUUACUGCAGCAGAUUUUGACCGUGUCGCAGGUUACUUUGAAAAAGCAGUCGCAAUUGCUAUUGACCUCAAAUCCGGAGAAAAGGGAUCUUUGGCGAAGGAAAAGCUGGCUAGUUUCAAGAGUCUCGCCGAAGACAGUGCGGAAAUCAAGAAGCUGGCCCAAGAAGUCAGUGAAUGGGCUUCUACAUUUCCUGUUCCGGGGGAAUUGUAG